GUUUUCCUUUUUAAAAUAACUUUUUGUCAUCUUAAGAAUAACAAACACAACAGCAUAAAUAAUUGAUAUCUCGUUUUCUCACUGUUGCUAUAGACGCCACGUUAAACGAAGAGAAUUUUUUAUAAAAUCAAUUGCAAACGAUAUUCAAAACUUAGGUUUGCUGGUGGGUGUUUUAUUCUUGAUGACGAAGCACAAUAUUUCACAGGAAAUGGUGGUGAGUUUUUUUACAUGAGAGGUUUACAAGGUCGACAUAUCAGUUCGUGAAUGGCUCGAUAGUGUAAUUAAAAAGAGUUCUUUUGACAGUUUUCAGUCUCAAGGAGUUGACAUUUAGCUUUACUUAGGCUGGCGAGGUCCUUUUAUGAACAACGCAUGACUGAAUGGUAAUGAGAAUAAUAAACAGAUAUGGAGAUGAGAUUCCGAGAGGUUUAAUUGUACAGUAGUACAGACGCCGCGUACACUGCUUUCAAUCCUUUCUUUACGUACGAGUUCGCUAACUAAAAUGAAUUUGGAAAUUCCCCCAGAUGCGUUGGCGAUCAAUCAGUCACAAAAAGCGGGAAAGACGCCUGAAGAGAGUAAAAUACUUAAAGCUCAAAACUUUAAACUGCCGGGAUUGACACGGUAUCGAGAAGGAGUCAUGAAAGAAUCUUUUUAUUUCGUUCAAAUAGUGGACCCAAGGUUUGGUUUUGCGGCAAGCCCAGAAGAGAGCUGUGAAGACGAGAAAAAUAAUAUGGAAAAACUGAUGUCACUAUUGAAUGAUUUGAACCCUAAACCACGGUUUGUAGUCGUCUGUGGUAACUUCACGAAUUCUAAGCCUGAUGAACAAGAAUACUUCCCACAAGUAGAAACAUUCAAGGAUUGUUUCCAGAAAUUGGAUUCUGAAAUCCCAGUUAUAUGUGUUUGUGGGAAGAAUGAAUUUGAAAAAGAACCUCAAACUGCGAGCAUUGAAUCUUACAGGACAAAUUUCGGUGAGGAUUGGUUCGCGUUCUGGAUCGAAGGAGUACAGUUUAUCGUUUUGAACUCUCUUUACUAUGUGGAAUUUAAGGACUUGGAUGGUUUUGCUGUAGAGCAAGAUGAGUGGUUGGAUUCAGUUCUACUUGAAGCGCAAGUAAAUCCACCUCAGUAUCUUGUUGUUAUUCAAAAUAUGCCAUGGUUUUUAUCCGACUCAAACGAAGCGGAGAAURACAACAACAUUCCCUUAUCAACGCGCCAUAAAAUUAUUCCCAAGAUGAAAGAGGCCAACGUCAAAGCUUUAAUUUCUGGAAACUCUAAUAACAGCAGCAAAAACGAGGGUUUGGAAGCCAUUCAAACUUCUCCUUUCAGCGACAAAGAUAGUCCAGGCUUUCGUAUUUUUAAAGCCAAGACUGACUCCAUUCAACAUAAAUAUUUUACUCUAGACAACACCCCGAAAGAUUUGAAUAAUGAAUUCAAUUGAUAUUUUUCAUGUAUUAAGCUUGGAUAACAAUGUUUUUUUUGGCGUGAUCUUUCCGAAAAAAAAUCAAUCCCAGGUGUUUUGCCUUGGGACGAACUCAUUACAAUUUUGCCACAUAUUAGAAUUUUUUUUACAAAUUUUCUUCGUGGCAAGUCAUUUCCACUUCUUUUCUAGUUGUGUAUUUAAAUUAAAGUGUCUGAAGACAAGGCGAAGAAAAAAUAUUAAAAGAAAGAGUUUCUAAGGUGAUUUGCGAAUUAAGUUGGAAUUUUGGACACGAAUAACAUAAAAAGAAACGCAAAGCAGAUAAAUUAAAAAAUAAAUUGAAGAAAAGAGAUGAGCAUAGCGCUUAAAAUAAAAUUCAAAAUUUGUCCGAUAUUUUCUCGUGGCAGUAAUAUUAUUUGUUUUUCCACAAUUGACUUUAGGGAAUGUUACAGUUCCUUUUUCCAGUAUAACAAUGUUUCAAUGAUACUAUAUGAAAUUAAACCCUGACAUAUUGCAAAAUCUUGACUCAAUCAAUGGAAAGGUAUCUUUUGCUUUACAUUAAAUAAAUAGGAACACAACUUUAUUAUCUUAUGAUCAAAGCAAAAAUAAAAUUGUUUUUGACAGAUCGUA